UGUUCGUUACGUCAGUCAAAAUUGUUAGCAAAAAUCGAACACGGUUCUCAUUUUUUUGGGUUAGAAAAGUUUUUUGGAAUUUCAUCGAAUAUCGUGUCGUUAAAAUCCUCUAAAUAACAAAAAGUGUUUCUGGAUACGUGUCCCACACAACCAAUCAAAUCCAUAUUGUGUCUACAGACUGAUCGUAACAAAAACAAAAGUCCUGAAAGUUUUACAUUGCAAAUGCAAAUAAUAUUACCGAGUAUUUACCGUCUCAGCUGUGCAUUUUCAAAAUAGAAAUAAUGAGUGUCCUACUUCGAUCGCAAAAGGUUAUCCACGGAUUCAUAAACUCACAACAUACGGUGCAACAUGUUACAAAUGCCGGUCCCAUCAGAUGGCAACAGUGCAAAAUAUCACACCAUGGGAUUCAUACUGGAAAAUUAGCGAAAAAUCAUUCGCCACUCGUCUGUAACCGAACAGUAUUACCAGCACUGUCUUACACUACCUCAUCGUACUUACCCUGCUCGACUGCAUUUGAAACGUCGCCAGCCCUAUCGAAUCACACAAAUGGCUUUGGAAGCAUCAGACAUUUUACUCUGAGCUCUUCGCGACACGAACAGGCUUCGUCGAAGGUGGAAGAGACUGUCAAGGCUAUUCAAGAAAAGGAGAAAACAAAGGAUGUUCCCAAAGUGGACACGGGUUCUUUUGUGCAAAAGGCUGUUGAAAAGAAAUCAAUCCAACAAAGAAUUUGGGCCGAGCUUGUCCACUACUAUCACGGUUUUCGGCUGUUGUUCAUUAACGUAAAUGUGGCGAGAAAGCUGCUGUGGAAGGUGCUGAACGGGAAAUCGCUGACUCGAAGGGAACACAUGUUAUUGAUUCGCACCACCGGCGACAUGUUUCGAUUGGUCCCAUUUUCCGUUUUUAUUAUCGUUCCGUUUAUGGAAUUACUGUUGCCGGUGUUUAUCAAGUUUUUCCCUGGCAUGCUGCCGUCAACAUUCGAAACCAAGCAGGAUACAGAAGACAAAGCUAGAAAAAAUCUGAAAGGUCAAUUGGAAAUGGCGAAAUUCCUCCAGCAAACAUUGGAUGAAAUGGACGUUCAGCACAAGGACCAUAAUUCGUCUGCCGCAAAGGAAUUCAUAACAUUUUUCCAUAAACUUCGAACAGCUGGUGAAUUGGCGACACCUGAAGAAAUUAUGAAAUUUUCCAAGUUAUUCGAGGAUGAAAUUACAUUAGACUCGUUGACCAGGCCACAGCUGAUCGCAAUUUGUCGAGUAUUAGACGUCAGCACGUUGGGAGGUUCCAGUAACUUCCUACGUUUCCAGCUACGAAUGAAACUUCGCUCUCUCAGCGCCGAUGAUCGAUUAAUUCAAAAAGAAGGAAUCGAUUCACUGGAGCUGUACGAAUUGCAAAACGCAUGCCGAUCCAGAGGGAUGCGAUCGUACGGCCUAUCAGAGUUCCAGCUGAAAACACAGUUGAACGAAUGGAUCAAUUUGAGUCUAAACGAAAAAAUUCCUCCCUCGUUACUACUAUUGUCACGCGCAAUGAUGUUACCUGAAGAUGUGCCAACAGCCGAGAAACUAAAGGCCACCCUUUCCGUAUUACACGAUUCGGCUGCCAUACAAACGAAGGCCGCAAUUGGCGAAAGAGAAGGUAAGAUCGACAACAAAACGAAGAUUGACAUCAUUCGGGAUGAACAGCGUAAGAUCAUGGAGGAAUUGGAAGAGGAGAAAGAAACCGCAGCAGCUACGACCGUUCAGAAAGUGGACGAUAUCCUGGUGGACAAGGCUCCGAUCAUCAAAGUGGAAUCGCAAGCACCUGCGGCUGAUCUAACGGCAAUAUCCAACAAAGAUAUUGACGUUGUGGUCGAUGCAUUGGGUGAAGUUUCCAAGGAGAAGAAGACGUUGCUGGUGGAGAAAGAGGAGAUUCGAGAUUUGAAGGAAGAAAUUGCCGAAUACAAGGAAGAUGUCGAGGAAUUGCAAGUGAUUUCGAAGAUGGCUGAACGUAAUGAGAAAAUUACACAAUCAGUGGCCUCUAAACGUCUACUGAAGAAGGUCGACUCAAUGAUUAGUAAAUUGGACAAGGUGCUUGAGGAUCUAGAAAGUAAGGAAAAGAAACUCCAGGAAGGAUUGAAAGUCGAUGGUGCUGUAGAUGCUGAUAGCAAGGCGCCCGAAUUAGUUAGAAUCGAUGAAGUAGUGAAUGCCAUUCGAAAGAUGCAAAAACUACCCGACGAACCGAAACUGCAACAAAUCCACAAAAUGUUGGGCAAAAUCGAUGUCGAUAAAGAUGGACAGUUGAAAGUGGACGAUGUGCUAAAGAUAAUCGCUACCAUAGGCAAAGAAAAUGUUAAUCUAAAAGAAAACCAAAUCGACGAAAUAAUCGAUUUGAUAUCGAAAGAGGAGACACUGGAGAAUGAGGUGAAAAUCGAAAAGGCGCUGGCCAAGAGUAAAGAGGAACGAAGAGCCGCAAAAGCGGAACGAGAAGAAUUGGUCGAUAAAGCACCGGAAAUUGUGGACAAGCCAAGCGAGUCCGUGAACCAAACAUCGAAACCGGGCUCGAAGAUAGACGAACGCAUAAGCCUUAGUGUUAAGCAGAAUGCAGCCGAGGCCGCUGAACGGCAAAAAGACAAAAUUAUUCCAUUGUCUAGUGACGUUAAAACUCCAACACUUCCAACUUCCGGCGGUGCUAUAAAUCCCAAGGAAAAAUCCAUGUAGAUUAGAAUUCGAUUAAAGUUAUUCGAUUCGAGCAGAAAGAGAGAGGCAACUGCAGUUCAAGGUCAUGCCUAAGUGAAAAUUCCGGUUUUUUUGUACAUUUUUUUGGUCAUCACUUCAUUUUCUUUCAUUUUUGUUUUUUUGAAAAUUAAAAUUAUUUCCUUUGAUGAACGAACCGAUUACCUUAAUUUAGCACUAGAUUUGCAUCCCCCAGUUGCGUCAUUGUGAUUUUUAUUUACGUUUUUUCCUCUAAUCAUUGAAUGAUGGAGCGAAAUAAAUUUUUAUGAUUUGACUCUAAUAAACUGAACAUAUUAUUGAUCA